AGAAUGGUAGAUAUAGUAUUAGGAAGUGAUUUCCUAUGUUUCUUUUGCAAGCCUAUUAGAGAUAUUAUGCUUCUCUCUGAAUUUCUUCUUUACUAAUACUAGUGAAGAGAUGAAAAUGGGGUUUCUUUGAUUUCUUAUGUUUCUUAUGGAGAUCAAUCUGGGUUUGAUUGCAUCGGUGGCUGUCUAUCGUGUACUCUGAUUUUUGUCUUUUAUUUUAGUAGCCAAGGAGAGGAUUUUUCUUUAGUUUGAUUUUGGUUCUACUAAUGUGCUUCUCCUAUUCCUAUCUAAUUGUUCUUAUUGUAGUAGUAACAAAGAUUUGAAAUGGAAUUUUGAUGCGAUACCCUUUCUACAUCCUAGAUAUCUGUACGAGUCCAAUAAUGAUCGUGGCAACAUGUUCUCUGCUUAUUUGAUUGUUCAUUCUUAGUAGGCAUGGAGUGCCAGGCAUGAAAUUAAGAUGUGAUUCUUUCUGUUUCUUCUAGGUUUUUGUUAUAUAGCAGCAAUAAAAUGUUGGAGUUUGUAUUUCGAUAUGACAUUCUCAAACUCCUCUAGUCAUUUGUGUGCAUGCAAAUGGACAGAUGCGACCAUUGAAGUAGCUGCUUAGCUUGUUGAUCAGUUUACUGUUGGAUAACUUGUCAGUGUUUCAUAUAUGAACAGAACUGACAUGUCAGUUUGAACAAGCAACAGUUUAAAGUAAUUGCCAAAAAUGUCAAUCCUGUCGAAGCUCCGUUGUAUCACUGUAGAUGUCACUGGUACUCUGAUAGCUUACAAAGGCCAACUUGGGGACUACUACUGCAUGGCAGCCAAGUCAGUAGGGUUGCCCUGCCCUGAUUACAAACGCAUGCAUGAAGGCUUUAAGGCAGCAUACACUGAAAUGGCAAAACGAUACCCAUGUUUUGGCUAUGCAGCAAAAAUACCAAAUGUUGAUUGGUGGAGAUCAUGUGUCAAGGACUCUUUUAUCAGGGCAGGCUAUGAAUAUGAUGAUGAGACAUUUGAGAAGGUGUUCAGACGCAUAUAUGCAUCUUUUGGUUCUUCUGCACCCUACUCAGUAUUUCCCGACUCUCAGCCCUUCCUGAGAUGGGCACGUCAAAAAGGCCUCAUUGUUGUCAUUGUCAGCAAUGCAGAAUACCGGUAUCAGGAUGUCAUCCUUCCUGCCUUAGGACUGAAUCAGGGAUCAGAAUGGGACUUUGGCGUGUUCUCGGGCCUCGUGGGUGUUGAAAAACCAGACCCGAGGAUAUAUGAGAUUGCACUGGAGAAGGCUGGAAAUAUAGCACCAGAAGAAGCACUUCACAUUGGGGACAGCAUGCGCAAGGACUACAUCCCAGCCCGCAGCGUGGGAAUGCAUGCUUUGCUUGUGGAUAGAUUUAGGACACCAGAUUCGGAGAAUUGGAGACAGUCUGGUGCUCUUGUGUUUCCUGAUCUUGUGGCUGUUCAGGAUUGGCUCACCAAGGAAGAAAUGAUUGCAGCUGGCCAAAAAGCCUAGCAAUCUAUAGGUACUGGUAGAAUUGGUCCAACACCUCUAUAAAUGAAGAAUGCUAUUUCUUUUUUCCUAUUUUUACUUUUUCAUUUUUGGUCUCUUUUGGGACAUGAUGUGCCCAUGUAAUCGAGGUGGUUAUGACAUUUUUGAAGGAGAGAAAACCACCUGUAAGGGAGACCUGACUCCUGCAACUGAUAACAUCCCUAUGAGAUACUUAUCCAAGGAUUUCUGAAGAGAUGAAUCAUAAUUACAAACCAUGUCAGUUUUCUUU